GAGAACAUUGUGCUCAGCGAUAAGGUCCAAGCCUUUUUCGACUCCCCGGAGAUUGGAAUCAUCCGCGCCAAGGAGGUUCCGCCGCCCAACUGCGUCGCGAACUCGCUGAGGCCUUACCAGCUGACCGGCUAUCACUGGCUGGUGAACAAUGCACGCAACGGCUUGGGAUGCAUCUUGGCCGACGACAUGGGUCUCGGGAAGACGCUGCAGGCGAUUUCGCUGAUGCUUUACCUCAAAUCGAACGGGUUGCUCACGAAACCGAUGCUGGUGGUCGUUCCGACAGGCCUCCUGGGCACCUGGCAGAGGGAGCUGAAGCAGUGGGCAGGGGACACCCUGAAAGUGAACCUCUACUUCGGCAAAGAGCGGAAG